AUGACAGCGAGUGGUCUUGGUGUUCUGAUCGAUGAAGGUCUUAGCUUCGACACAGACGACGAGGCUAAGGGAGACUCGACUGUCAACAUGAGCAGCCAGGAGUGGAAAGGCGUUGUCGAGCGUAGCGUGGCUCUGAUGGACAUGGUACUGAAAGACGUAUUGAUUCUUGAUGCUGGUGUGUCUGAGUUCGAAGAUAAAGUCUUUGCUGGGGUUGAGGAGGACCCGGAGCUGUCUAUCCACGUCGAGGACGCGAGUGGAGUGAACAAACCAGGAGUUCUAGCAAGACGGCUCUUAUCCUUGUUGCAGACGGGCAUACCGGAACAUGUCGCUGCUACGAAGCGUAUUGUCGACGAAAAUGGACGACCCUCAAGACUGGUCAGAUACUGGCUGCCCGCUGGCGUGCUUCUUCUUUCGUCAACGACUAUCCUACGGAUCUUGGUCCACAGGAAGCAGGAGAUUCUGAAUUGGAUCGCAGACCUUGGCGCCACAAUGAAGGACUUCUGGUUCAACUGGGUUGUCGAACCGACGCGCAAAGUCAUCGGCACAAUUCGCCAUGACUCGAACAGUGAAAUAGCCAUCAUGAGCAAGGAUAGUCUCAAGGCAGACCGCGAGAGCCUAGAGCGCAUGGUAGUUGACUUUGCUGUGGAGAAGCCCGACUUCGCGACCGAAGGUGGGAAGUUGACGGAUGCACAGAUCGAGGAUAUCAGAGCCAAGGUCAAAGCAGGAGACGUUACGCCGGUGCUCCGCGCCUACGAGAAAGACCUGCGAAAACCCUUCUACGGCGCGGUGCGUGGUGAUCUGAUACGGUCACUGCUAAUCCAGGUCCAGAAGACCAAAGUCGACCUAGAAGUUGCUAUUGGCGGGAUCGACUCGCUCCUGAAGAGCCAAGAACUUGUCUUUGGAUUCAUCGGCUUGACACCUGGAAUUCUCGUUUCCAUCGGAAUGUUCCAGUACCUGCGCAGCAUUGCCGGCGGUAGGAAAGGCAGAGGACGUCACCAGCGUGCCGGGAAGAGCAUCCGCGUCCUCCGCAAUAUUGACCGCAUCUUCUCUGAGGCGACUCCAUCCCAGAACAACCUCUUGUCGUACAAGGACCACGGCUUGCUCAUCUCCGAGGUGCACGUGCUCCGGAAGAUUGCCCAUGGCCUCAUGCCUGGGGAGAUCGAGAAGGAGUUCCUGGAGGACCUGGAUGACAUGGCAAACGUCAAGGGGAUCCAGAUUCAAGUUAGAGCACUGGAGAGGAUCCGGUGGGCGUAUGCUAAAUGGUUGCAAUGA